GAUCGACGCCUCACAGUGUGGCAACUGAAUUUCACCCUCAAUGACAAGCUAGUACCCUCUCGGUUGAGUUACAACCUGGAACCGGACAUCACAGCGGCCCCAGCCUUUGGCAUCUCCUUCAGCGCCUAUCCCACCAAUGACUCCUUCUAUUCUCCCAAACUACCCGUUCCUCCCUUCCCCGUCCUUCUCAGUGACUUGGAUGCCGCUAAUCAACCGGCCCUCUUUCUGGUGCUGCAUGACGAUACGGUCUACCUCUGGCAUGGCUGGUGGCCCGAGUCUGCCUUGGAUUCUGGUGAUGGGGCCGGUUCUGCCUCAACCACUCCGCGAAGCAGUGUCUCCGACCUGGCCAUGGAUAUCGGACCAGCCAGUCCGCCCUUCGCUCUGGGCGGUGGCAGUAGCACCAAAGACAGAAGCAGCAGCAGCAGCGGCAGCAUUGCCGCUGCAUUGCCACCAAACAGCGCGGGUAGCGCACUCUCUCGCUACCUCAGCGCUCGAUACGCCGCGCUGAAGACCGCAAAGGCGUUGGCUGAACGAAGUGCGUUCAGUUCCAGUUUAUCAAUUUUAUUGCCGAUGUCUGCUGUUUACCCUUUCCCCGAGGGCUCGACGGUAGCUCAGAAGGCGGCUGCAUACCAGUGGAGGCCUAGAAAGGCGGAGGACUGA